AAUACGAGGUGAGUGUGCCAGUGUGUCUGUGGCUGUCGUGGCGUGCGGACGUGGCGAAGGAGGGCCACAGGUGUCAAGCAAACAGGAGUGCUCGUGCCUCACCAUGCGAGUGCUGCGAGUGCUGAAGAGAACUCUGGCGGUGCUGUUCUUCGUCUGCAUGACCCUCAAGAUACAACUAGAACUGCGGGUGCUGAGAGCGGGAACUAGCACCGGAUACUCGCCUUGGUGGGGAAACGAGACACUAGGACACCUGAGAGCCUUUCCUAAACUCGCUACACGUGGGAAUGUUACUCUUGACGUCCUCAGAACCACGGGUAUUCCUGAUUCGGUGAAGAAAACGGGGAUAAGUUAUUCUCUGGGGGACUUAACGCGUGGGAUAAAUGAGAAAUCUGAAGUAAAUAGCUCAUAUAGGAAGAUUCUAAGCGAUGUUACCAAUAGGAGUAAUAGCACUGACACAGUACGAAGCUCAGGUGAUGGUGGAUUCAGCACUACGGCGACGGGAUCUCCUAGCAACGUCAAAACACGCGCCGAUAUAUUUGCCAAGAUGACGAUAUACAAUGGGAAAAACACUAUCGAUACGGACGCGAUAUAUUUCUCACAGAAAAGACAUACCAUCAAUGACAUUUUGAAACAGAAUAAUGAUAAACUGAUAACUCGAAUUAGUGGACAGACAGAGACGAGUGUAAAUAAGCAAGUGCCAAUCCCGAAGGCAAUAAAAAUAUCAAAUUCUACAAAACUGCCGCAGGAAUCUAAAAAAGUGCCACAGGGAAUCAAAAUGCCUAGAAGGGGAAUCUCGUCAAGCAUGUUGAAGAAAAAAGUAAAGGAGCUGAUUUCAAAGGGAGUGUCUCAUGACGUGGACCAGAACGAGAUGUCCCUGACGAAGGAGGCGAUUGCGAGCAUUAAGAAGGAACUCAAAGAGGAGAAUGAGAAGCAGACAGUGUACAACCAAGAGAAAUUCGGUCCAGUUGGCAAUGAUACUCCAAUUUUUCUCGUCCAGGUACACAAGCGCCUGGAGAACCUACGUUACCUGGUGGCCAGCCUGCGGACGGUGAAGGGCAUCCAGGAGGCAAUGGUGGUCUUCAGUCAUGACCUGUGGGACCCCGCCAUCAACGCCUUCGUCAGGAACAUCACAGAGUUCAGGGUGAUGCAGAUGUUCUUCCCGUUCUCCAUCCAACUGUACCCUCUGGUUUUCCCCGGCAGGGACCCCAAGGACUGCUCCUGGAACACUAAUGCCAAAGGGAAGAAAAUUGACUGUCAGAAUGCAAACUGGCCAGACAGCUAUGGCCACUAUAGGGAGGCUUCCUUCACGCAGAUCAAGCAUCACUGGUGGUGGAAAAUACAUAGGGUGUUCGAGGGGCUGAGGGUGACCCAGAACAACUACAAGGGGCAUGUGGUGUUCCUGGAGGAGGACCACUACGUCUCCCCCGACAUCCUACACGUUCUCAGCCUCAUGCAGCGCCUCCGCCCCACCCUCUGCCCCUCCUGCAAAGUUCUCGCUCUUGGAAACUACAACAAAUUAAAUCCUCAUAUUUAUAAAAACUUGGUGGAGAAAGGGGACUGGUGGGUGACGAAGUACAACCUGGGUUUCGCUAUGGACGCGGCGGUGUGGCGAAGUCUCAGCAAGUGCAAAGAGAAAUUCUGCACCUUCGAUGACUACAACUGGGACUGGACCAUGACAAACGUAGCCCAGACGUGCCUUCAGCAGCGCCUUUCCAUGAUGUCUGUCAGACUGACCCGCGUUCUGCACUUAGGCAGUUGCGGCACCCACGUUAAGAAGAAAGUGUGUGAUGUCCAGGCAGAAGUCAAGAACGCCGUGUCUCGCCUCUCGGCCAGCAUGCAAUGGCUCUACCCUAACAUCCUGGUGCCCCUGGGUUCCUGGAAGAGCUCAGGGAAACCCAAGAAGGGGAACGGAGGCUGGGGGGAUUUAAGGGAUAGGGAAUUGUGUCGAGGGAUAGGGAAUGGUACUAUUGACGAGGCUUUCCUUACGCGUCUCCAAGCUAGGACUUCUGUCUAAGUUUCCCUCUCUAUCUAUUCGUUUUCUUUUUCAUCACGGUUGGUUUUCUCUCAUUGGAGGUGUUAUUACUAUUUUCUAUAUAGCUCUCUAUAAUUAUGUACAUUUUUUUUCUUUUUCUUUCUUUUUUUUCGAAUACGUUUAGAUUCGUGUUCUCUUAAAAGUCUAUGAGUUGUUUCAUGUAACACACUGUGUGUGUGUGUGUGUGUGUGUGUGUGUGUGUGUGUGUGUGUGUGUGUGUGUGUGUGUGUUCAUUUAUUUAAGAGAUGUAAAUAAAUUCAUGAAUGUUUGCGUAAGAAAGAUCUGUAUCAUAUAUUUAAAGCAUAUGUGUGUGUGUGUGUGUGUGUGUGUGUGUGUUCGGACAGUUCAUGUAUCGCCAGUAUUAGUUAUAUUAAUCAUCCACCCAUAUUACUAUUCACAAAACAAUUCCAUAUUAUUUUUACAACAUUUUGAAGAGCCUCAUGCACUGCACCGAUAACAACUAGUGACCUGAAGAACAUUAAAACAUUUGAUUUCCAACCUA